AUGUCUUUAAAACUUCCAAAAUUUUUAAAUAAAUCGUAUUUGGAACGAAUUUUGCAGCAACAUGAAAGCGAUUUAUCAAUUUCUGUUGAGAAUUUCGAAUGCAAACCCGCCGUUGCAGCUGGAAAUAAUUAUGCAAGUCAACUUUUUCGAACAUCGAUAAAGUACAAGAAAAAUUCAAAAAUUUGUGAAAAGUCGUGGAUCAUCAAAACCGUUCAUGCUGAUGAGGAAAUAAAUAAAAUUAUUGCUAAAAGUGGUCUAUUUCAAAAAGAACUCAUCAUGUACGAUCGUAUUUUACCGAAAUUCCAAAAAUUACUCGAAAUUAUCGGAGAUACUGACAAAAUUUAUUCGCCAGCGGUUUUUGUGGAUUUCGAAAAUUCGACGAUAAUUUUUAAUGAUCUCAAACAAGAAGGGUAUGAACUUGCAGAUCGCUUGAAUGGCCUGGAUGAGGAUCACAUCCAACUAUUGAUGCGAAAAAUUGCUAAAUUUCAUGCUUUUUCAAUGAUUUUAAUGGAAAACGAAGAGGAAGAUUUUCCAGAAUUCCAAGAUAAGCCAAUAAAUGGAACUUCAGCCUUUCAAAAUUUCGUGAAUUCUAUGUUUGAUACCUGUUUGGAUCAACUUAAGACAUGGCAAGGAUAUGAAAAGUACGUUACAAAAAUGGAAAAGUUACGGGAAACGUUUUUGUUUAAAUCACGAGAAAUGUUUCAAAAGUCAGAAACUUUGCCAAAUGUUUUGAAUCAUGGCGAUUUGUGGGUAAACAACAUGAUGUUCAAAUACAAUAAAGAGACUGGAAAGCCUGAGGAUCUCCUCUUGAUUGACUUCCAACUUUGUUUCGUGAGACCUCCUGUGAUUGAUUUGAUGUACUUUAAUAUAUCGUCAUCUAAUUUGGAUAUAAAAUUGAACCAAAAUUGGGAUAUAUUGGCGAUGUAUCAAGAAAAUUUGGCUCUAAACUUGAAGAAAUUAGGAUUUAAAGGAAAAAUUCCUACUUUGUUUGAGAUUCAGUGUCAAAGAAUCGAGCGACAAUUUUAUGAAUUAAUGGCUGUCAUCGUAGCUUCUCCUGUAAUGCUGAAUGAACAAGAAGAUAAUGCUGAUUUUGAAUCGUUCGUUAGUGAUUCGCCUGCAGCGAGGCAGUUUAGGGAGCAAAUGUUGAAAAAUGCAAAAUUCAUUAAAACUUUGAAGCAUUUUUUGCCAAUUUGGGAUAAUAUGGGACUUUUGGAUCAGUUACACUGA